AUGUUGACGGUGGCAAAAGGACCAACAACAUAUGAGGAAAUCAGGACCGUGGAUAACAUUCAGUAUGAUACAUUCAGAGAUGCAUGCUUUGCAAUGGGAUUUCUUGAAGACGACAAAGAAUACAUAGCUGCUAUAAAGGAGGCAAGUCAUUGGGGGACUGGUCAUUUUCUUCGAAAACUGUUUGUUAUCAUGCUUUUGUUCGGUGCUGUUAAUCGCCCUGCACAUGUUUGGGAACAAACUUGGCUCCUAUUAUCUGAUGGUGUCUUACAUACACAAAGAGCAUUGGCUGCUAAUCCAGAAUUGGUCCUCACACAAGAAGAGUUACAAAAUUUGACUUUAAUAGAAAUUGAGAAACUGCUUCAGGCAAAUAGAAGGACACUAAAGGAUUUUAGUCCUAUUCCAUAUUCGGAUGCUUAUGUUCUUGAACAGUUGGGAAACAGGCUCAUAUAUGAUGAGCGUAAUUAUGAUACAGCAUCAAUGAACUCAGAAUUUGAAAAUCUGUUUGCUGCUCUUACAGAUGAGCAAAGAAGUAUUUAUGAAAAAAUCAUCCACGCUGUGGAGUCUCAAAAACCUGCGGUUUUCUUCCUUCAUGGUUAUGGUGGUACCGGAAAAACAUAUAUGUGGAGAACACUCGCAGCUGCUUUAAGAUCAAAACACGAUAUAUGUUUAACUGUUGCAACUAGCGGUAUAGCAUCAUUGUUACUUCCAGGAGGUAGAACUGAACAUUCAAAGUUCAGGAUACCGGUACCAACUAUGGACAAUUCUACUUGCAAGGUUGAAUUCAACGAUGAUGUUGCAGACAUGUUACGACAGACAAAGCUUAUAAUAUGGGAUGAUGCACCAAUGGCGCAUAAGUAUGCAAUAGAAUCGCUUGACAGAACUUUGAAAGAUGUUAUGAGUGCAGACAAAAAUUCAACUGAUGUAUUCGGUGGAAAGGUUGUUGUUUUCAGGGGCGAUUUUAGACAGAUUUUACCUGUCGUCCCCAGAGGCAGUCGUUCCGAUAUUGUACACUGUGCCAUAAAUGCAUCUUACACAUGGCAUUCAGUUGAGGUAUUAACAUUGACAAGAAACAUGCGGCUACGAACAGGAUCAACACAGACUGACAAAAAUGAGAUAGCACAGUUUUCAGAUUGGCUUUUAAGAAUAGGAGAGGGCCGAAUAUCUGAGCCUAAUGACGGCACCGCCGAAAUCAACAUACCACCUGAUAUUUCGAUAACAGAAUUCGAUGAUCCAAUUGUGGCCAUUGUCAAUACCAUAUACCCUGAUUUCAUAAAUAAUUUCCAAUGUGUUGAUUACCUUAAAAGUCGAGCGAUACUUGCCUCUACACUGGAGAUUGUUGAUCAGAUCAAUGACCAUAUACUUAACUUGAUGCCAGUCAACAAUGCAGGAGAGAUUCGUGACUACUACAGCGCAAAUUCAGUUGACAAGUCUGAGAUUCAUGACCCAGCAGUAGUUGAUAUCCUCACGCCAGAAUUUCUAAGUUCCCUCCGAACAUCAGGAUUGCCAAACCAUCACUUAAAACUAAAGGUUGGGACACCUAUAAUGCUCAUGAGAAAUAUAGAUCAAGCUGAAGGUUUGUGUAACGGCACAAGGCUGUGUAUAACAAAGAUGGCAGCCCAUGUAUUGGAGGCUUCAAUAAUGGGUGGUAAAGGUUUGGGAAAUUUGGUUUACAUACCUCGAAUGGAUAUGUCACCAUCCCAAUCACCAUGGCCAUUCAAACUGAAUAGGAGACAGUUCCCUAUUAUAGUUUCCUAUUCUAUGACAAUUAACAAAUCACAGGGACAGUCAUUGGAUAACGUUGGUUUGUACUUACCGAAAGAUGUAUUCACACAUGGCCAGAUUUAUGUCGCAUUGUCAAGAGUAACAACAAAAAAGGGAAUCAAAAUACUGAUACAUGAUGAAGAAAAGAAAUUCAGGGAGAAAACUACAAAUGUUGUGUAUAAGGAAGUUUUUAACAAUGUCUAA